CAUUCUCAGAAUGGAUAGCAGUGUGGUCUCUUGAUGGCUGCCCUGGGGCCUCAGGAGCAUUUUCCAGGGCUUAGGCUUGUGAAAGGGGACUUGGGCCUCACUGAUACGCCUCAGGCCGCCAGGAUUCUAGUGGGAAGGCGGAGCCUGUGCUGAAUGCACUGGGUUUGGGCUGGUGGGACCUGGGGAAAAGCCCACCCACCUUUGCUGAAAGGAGGGGCCUGGGUCUGGUGUGUGGUCCCAGCAGACCUGUGAGGUGGCCUGAGGGUGAGGAGGGCAAGUUACCCCCACCAACCUGGGAAUCGGUUUUGGAGAACCUAACCUGAUAAAUGACUAUGCAGAUAGAUGGAGGUAGCUGUUAGGAGGUGUGUGUGUUUUCCUUGGCGAUUUUGUCAGGCCGAAUCGCUUAAUAUAUGAGGAAAUGAGAGGCCUGGGGCUCUAGAGAAUUCCCCAGACCCUGCAGUUGAGUGGUAGCAGUACUUCCCCCACUGCCAUGUGCUGCUGUGCUGAUAGGGGCUCUUGGAGAUCAGACUAUCUCCUGGUGCCCUGGGAUGGUGGGGGCUGUGAGGCUGGCUCUGUACCCCGUCUUCUCUGUGCUGUGCCCGGUGGUGCUUAGCCCUGAAAGGCCUUGCUGGGGCCCCUCUCAUGUUCAGAAGCUGCUCCCUUUGGUUAGGAGCUGGGCCUAGCCCUCUGUGUCUUGGCUGUCGCGAUCCCGAUCCCGAUCCCGUGUCCUCCCCAGCUGGCAGGGUGAGAGACUGGGAGGUUGCACUUCCCCCAGCUGGCUCUGAGGCGGAGGCUGGGUCAGCUGAGCUGCAUGUCCAGACCUGCCCUGAAGCUGCGCUCCUGGCCCCUGACGGUUCUCUACUACCUCCUGCCCUUCGGUGCCCUCAGACCACUCAGCCGGGUGGGAUGGAGGCCCGUGAGCAGGGUGGCCCUGUACAAGUCGGUGCCCACGCGUCUGCUGUCGCGGGCCUGGGGCCGCCUCAACCAGGUGGAGCUGCCGCACUGGCUGCGCAGGCCCGUCUACAGCCUGUACAUCUGGACCUUCGGGGUGAACAUGAAGGAGGCCGCCGUGGAGGACCUGCACCACUACCGCAACCUCAGCGAGUUCUUCCGGCGCAAGCUGAAGCCGCAGGCCCGACCCGUGUGUGGCCUGCACAGUGUGAUCAGCCCAUCAGAUGGGAAGAUCCUCAACUUUGGGCAGGUGAAGAACUGUGAGGUGGAGCAGGUGAAGGGGGUCACUUACUCGCUGGAGUCUUUCCUAGGCCCGCGCACCUCCGCCGAAGACCUGCCCUUCCCCCCAGCCACCUCCUGCAGCUCCUUCAGGAACCAGCUGGUCACCCGAGAAGGGAAUGAGCUCUACCACUGUGUCAUUUACCUGGCCCCUGGGGACUACCACUGCUUCCACUCCCCGACUGACUGGACUGUGUCCCACCGGCGCCACUUCCCAGGCUCCCUGAUGUCCGUGAACCCUGGCAUGGCCCGUUGGAUCAAAGAGCUCUUCUGCCACAAUGAGCGGGUGGUCCUGACUGGGGACUGGAAACAUGGCUUCUUUUCGCUGACAGCUGUGGGGGCCACCAACGUGGGCUCCAUCCGCAUCUACUUUGACCGGGACCUGCACACAAACAGCCCACGGUACAGUAAGGGCUCCUACAACGACUUCAGCUUCGUGACGCAUGCCAACAAGGAGGGCAUCCCCAUGCGCAAGGGGGAGCACCUGGGCGAGUUCAACCUGGGUUCCACCAUCGUGCUCAUCUUUGAGGCCCCCAAGGACUUCAACUUCAAGCUGAAAGCAGGACAGAAAAUCCGAUUUGGGGAGGCUCUGGGCUCCCUCUAGAGCCUCUUUCCUGGCUGCAGCUGCUGAGGGAUCUUUUCCAAACAGAAAAAUGGGAGGGUCUCUUUGAGGGGAACCUCCACCGCUGUCCAGGGAGGGGACUCUCAGGCGUGAGGUCUCACCAGGCAGGACCUGGGUGACCUCUGUUCCUGUCUCAGAGACACAGAUGAGGUCAGAACCCCCAUCAUGCCCUAGGCCUACAGUGUCUCUCUUCCCACCCUAAAGAGAAAGUAAGUGCUGGGAUGAUCGCAGAUUCCGUUUUGGAGAGGUUUUGACCUCUGUUGUAUAAACUGGAGACCCUUUGUCUCCUGGGUGAGCAUUGUUGGUCUUGGUUUCCAUUUAAGACGAUAAGUGGUGAUGUACCUUCUUGCUGCUCCUCCCAUCACUGCUUUUGGUCUCCCCUGCAUGGGGUGAGGUGCCUCUGGCACUGACUGUGGGUCUGCCCCCAGAGCAGGGCCAUGGGGGCUUUAAUGCAACUGCUUUCUGGUCCCCAGUUUACCCACCCUGCUCGUUGGGAAACCCUGUCUUUCCUCUCCACACUUGUGGCUGAACACAUCACCCAGCUCUGCCAGCGUCUUCCAAGGAUGGUGACCAAUGGCAAGGUGCCUUGCAGGCCCCAGCAGGCAAGGCCAAUUACUGAACCCACGUGAAUGGGGCAGGCAGGCAGUGGUGGCUGGGCGUGUGCCACUCCCCAGACCUACAGUAAAUAUGGGAAAGUUGCUGCUAUUGAUUCAGGGGCUUGUGUUGGAGGCAGUGGCGCUUUGGUAUAAUAUAUUGGGUGGGAGGGGGAAGGGAGGCAGGGUCAGUGCCUAGAAAACCUGUCCCCAGGUAACAAGUAUGCUGUCCUUGGGGAGCCACUGAUGGUGGGGACAGGGCCAGGUUUCAUGUCUCCUGGGGACUCUGAAUUUCUCCUGCAGGAGAAGCCAUUUGAACUUUUUCAACUGUAUCAGUAGCACAGUAUUUUUGUAUGAAAAGUGGGAGACUUCUGAACAGUAAUUCAUUUAAUUGCAACAUUUUGAAAUAAAAAAAUAACAUAAAACUUUA